AUGUCCAAGCCCAGGUUCGCCAUCCUCGACGACUACCAGGGCAUUGCAGCCCCGCAUUUCGCCCACCUAGAAGACCGCGUCGAGAUUGCGCACUUUCCCGAAACACUCGACCCGCGCGAUGACGCUCAACGCGACGCAUUAAUUGAGCGACUGCGCCCAUUCGACGUAAUCCUCGCCAUGCGCGAGCGCACGCCCUUCACCCGCGAAACGCUCGCCCAGCUCCCGAACCUCAAACUGCUUCUCACAACAGGCACGCGAAACCUCUCCCUCGACAUCGCCUAUUGCGCCGAACGCGGCGUCCCCGUCGCAGGUACCGCGCGCCGACCGGUUGGGACGCCAUCAACAGUGCAACAUACCUGGGCGCUCAUCCUCGCCCUUGCGCGACACGUACCACGCGACGACGCGGCUCUGAAAGCCGGUGCGUACUGGCAGGGAUCGCUGGGUGUGAGUCUUGCGGGAAAGACGCUGGGGAUUGUUGGGUUAGGGAAACUGGGUUCUUCGGUCGCCAAGAUUGCGAUCGAGGCGUUUUCGAUGAAGGUCAUUGCGUGGUCAGCGAAUCUGACGCAGGAGAAGGCCGAUCAGGCUGCUGAGGGGUUGGGACUGGCAAAGGGGAGCUUUGUCGCGGUGAGUGAGAAACUAGACUUUUUCGCGCGGGCGGAUGUGGUUAGUUUGCAUAAUGUUCUUUCGGAGAGGAGUCGUGGCGUUGUCGGAAAGGAGGAGUUGAGUGCUAUGAAGAAGACGGGGUUGUUGGUUAAUACGUCGCGGGGCCCGUUGAUCAACGAAGAGGCGUUAUUAGAAGUGUUGAACGCUGGAGGCAUUCAGGGCGCUGCGAUCGAUGUUUUUGAUCCCGAGCCGCUUCCUCUUGACUCUCGAUGGAGAACCACAGCGUGGGGCCGGAACGGGCGGAGUGAGGUCAUUUUGUCGCCGCAUAUGGGAUACGGCGAUGAGCAGAUCCACGGGUGGUAUGACGAGGUCGCGGAGAAUCUGGAAAGGUGGUUGAAGGGGGAAGAAUUAAAGACGCUCCUGUAG